AUGUUCCCCUGGGGGCUAAGCUGCAUGUCGGUGCUGGGGGCCGCGGGCACCGCUCUCCUGGGCGCCGGCCUGCUGCUCAGCCUGGCCCAGCACCUCUGGACGCUCCGCUGGACGCUGAGCCGGGACCGGGCCUCCGCCCUGCCCCUGCCCAAGGGCUCCAUGGGCUGGCCCUUCUUCGGCGAAACGCUGCACUGGCUAGUUCAGGGCUCCCGCUUCCACAGCUCCCGCCGGGAGCGCUACGGGACAGUGUUCAAGACGCACCUGCUGGGCCGGCCGGUGAUCCGAGUGAGCGGCGCCGAGAACGUGCGCACAAUCCUUCUGGGCGAGCACCGCCUUGUGCGCAGCCAGUGGCCGCAGAGCGCACACAUCCUACUGGGCUCGCACACGCUGCUUGGCGCGGUUGGGGAGCCACACCGGCAGCGGCGCAAGGUCCUGGCGCGUGUGUUUAGCCGCGGGGCUCUGCAGCGCUUCGUGCCCCGCCUGCAAGGGGCGCUGCGGCGCGAGGUGCGCGCCUGGUGCGCGGCCCGCCGGCCCGUUGCUGUCUACCAGGCUGCCAAGGCACUCACCUUUCGCAUGGCUGCGCGCAUCCUACUGGGGCUACGGCUGGACGAGGUACAGUGCGCCGAGCUGGCCCGGACCUUCGAGCAGUUCGUAGAGAACCUCUUCUCGCUGCCCCUGGACGUUCCCUUCAGCGGCCUGCGCAAGAAAUGUGACUCUCGUGGGAUAAAGAACAGUGAGCAAGCUCAUAUACCUCCCGUAUACACUUUCAGCCUAUCUUCCUCGCCACAUAUAAGGUCCUUGAGGACAAGGAUUUUUGUUUUUCCCCGUCGCUCUACCACUAGAUCCCGGCGCGGAGUAGCUGGCCCAUUAGAGGUCUUCAGAACACACUGGCGAGUGAACGAGUACACAUUUCAGCCAAAAGGCUUCUCAGAAAGAGGUGAGGCUUCAGGUAUGCCUGAAGACCAUAGCUUGUGUAAGGCUGGGCGCGGGGGGGUUGUUGCCAGCGCAGGCCAGGACGGCCACCCCUCUUGGCCCCCAGAUGAGGAACACAGCCUGAGUCACCUGACAGGGGAGUCACCACCAGGCCCUGACUGGUCUCAGGGUUCAUCAAUUCAGGCCGAAAGGCCACUGAUCGUGGAGGCUGUCUUAGCCUUUCCCCCGGAGAAUAUUCUUUCUGGCGGCUUAGCUCCUGCCCAACCCUCCGGGCCCGUGUGA